CCCUUCUAUUCCCGACGUCAUCGGUCUAACGCCUUUUCGUUGAGAUCCCUUUGUCUCUCUGAUCAUAUUACUUCUACACUACUAUACUACUACACACCAUACCACACUACUUCACUACACCAUCACCAUGUACUCAUGCGCCAACUACCCCCGCGGAUGCCGAGGCCGUGUCAACAGACAAGGAACAAAGUGCUCUGACUGUGUGUCCCUCAACUUGCGCCGCCCAGCGUCAGCUUCUCCAUUUGCCCAGCCGCGCGAGUACAAGCGCAUGCUGCCUUCAGAGCUCUUUGGCGAGUCCUCAAGCAAGGCGCCCGAGCUCCAGCUGUAAUGAGAAGCGCGCACUCCGGGACGGUCUGGAAAACCACAGCUGCUAGGUUACGAUCGUGAUUCCGUCCUGCUGGCUGGGACCUAACGCAUGAUCUCCAGCUGUUUUCCUUUGCUCGCUACUUCUCUACUUCUCUGUGUCUUUUUUGCCUCUCUCUCU